AUGAAACUCCUGCUAGUGCUGUGCGUUCUUGUAUCAGGCGCUACCACACAUAUCAUCAGCCAUCCGGCUGUGAGCAACUUCAACGAUGUGAUCACAUGCACCAUUCCUGGGAGUGUUACCUUGGUGGGAUAUGAAGACUAUGGCUACUACUGUGGCUUCAGGCACUCAGACACUCCGGUGGAUGAGUUAGACAGGUGCUGCCAGACUCAUGACAAUUGCUAUGGUCAGGCCAUGAAGAUGGAAAGCUGCAAAUUCCUCAUAGACAACCCCUACAGCAGCUCCUACUCAUACUCCUGCUCUGGGAAUGAGGUCACCUGCAGUGACAAAAACAACCCCUGUGAGGCCUUCAUCUGCAACUGUGACCGUGAGGCCGCCAUCUGCCUCUCCCAAUCUCCAUAA